AGACGCGCGUUGUGCGGGGUUGAGCGCUGGCUGUGCAACUUUCUAAUACUUACCUCUGCUGUCGUUGAUCAGGACUGUGGCGUUACUUGUCCUCUUCAACUGAUGCUUUUAUGGGACACAUGCGUCGAAGAUUCAAAGCCCGUAGCUCAAGAAAGGGAACUUUCAACCCAGAUGAUGCAACUCGUGUAAAACACACUCGUGUCGGUGUAUGGGACCUCUACCAAGAAAUUACUCCAGAGCUCGAGAAGAUACCUGGGUCUUCGAAGUAUGAACGAUAUCUGGAGCUGAGACGAGAUCUACCGUUCGUGUGGUUAAUGCUUAAGGAUAUCAGCAGCAUGCGGAGCUGUUGGCUUCUUCUCUGUUGUUAUAUCUGUGUAGAGCUUGCUCUGUCGCUGAUACCCGCAGCAAACUUAUGGUUCAAAGGACAACUAUUGACGAUUGUUCAAAAGGCUGUCGAAUCACGCACUGUAGACCGGAAUCUACUAAUGGAGGUCACUUUUGGCGCUAUUGUUUGCAAACUUAUCACUAGGCUACUUCAAUGGAUAAAGGGUCGGUUGUUUUGGCCAUUGAGCUCGCGGUUGAAACAGCACUUCGCUGUCCACCUCUUCCAUGCGAGAGCGCGUCUCGAUGUACCAACAUUUGAAAACGAGUCUGUUCAAGCACAACUUGAAUCUGCUUCCAGUAGCGUCGGUGGACACAGCGUUGCCUGGACGACACUUACGAUGGUCACCGGUAUCGCUUCGACAGCAAUACAGCUUAUUUCGCAGUCGUCGGUGUUGUGGCAUACGUUGAGCAAUCAGAUGGAUGGUCGGAUGCUUGCAAUGGUUGCCCUCAUCCAAUCAAUCAGUGAAGUGAUUCGAUGGCAGAGUCAACAACCACUUAGGGAUGGAGUAUGGGCUGCGACAACCAAGAAUCAGGCCUACAUCAAACUUCAAGGCUUGAAACGAAUAGUCACAUUCGCUGAGCACCGCAAGGAGUUCGUCGCCGGUAAUCUCACAGGCUACGCCAUCUCUUUAUUCAAACAACUGACCGCGACGGUGGGCUCGGAUGCUGGUGAAUUCUGGGAGCUUCAAAAUCGCAUGGCCCGUCAUGAGCGCUCUAUCACUCCAACAUGGAUUUUUCAAGCGGCGAUGGCAGAAAUGCCACAGAUCGUAUUUGCUCUCCGCGCAGUGCAAUAUCCAGCGUCGAUACCUGUCUCGCUUACCACUCUACAUCUUGUCACUCAAACGGUGUCAACGUUCACGUUUUCUUUCUGGCGACUCAUUGAGCAAACAGGGUCAAUUGCGGACCAGAUGGCUACGGUUCGUAAACUAUAUGAUGUUCUUAAAGUCCCCAACCAAGUCGUGGACGGUACCGUGCCCUUCCCAGAAGAUGAACAGAAGCUCAAAACUGGCGUCUCGUUAGAGUUCAGAAAUGUUUCAUUCCAGUAUCCAGGUUCUCUGGAAUAUGCCUUGCACGAUGUUUCGUUCAAAUUAGAGCAAGGUCAGCUUUGUGUGAUCGUUGGAUCCAACGGCUCCGGAAAGAGUACUAUACUCAAGCUGAUUGUCCGACUGUACGACUCGUUGGAAGGCGAGAUUUUGAUAGACGGCAAAGACAUUCGAACGUUGAAACUUGCCGACCUGCGUCAAGCAAUUUCAGUCCUCUUCCAAGACUACACACAUUUCCCGCUUUCGGUCCGUGAUAACAUCGCAUUUGGUGACCCGGCACACGCUGAAGACGAAGAACGUAUUCGAUUGGCUGCCAGGUUAGGUGGUUCCGAAGAAUUUAUCAACAAACUUCCAGACGGUUUCAACACGUACUUGGAUCGUCCGGUAAAGGAUUACUAUGGUGGUCUACCCGAAGGAACAAAAACGUUAUUCGGAAGACCUGUUGAUUAUUCCACAGUGCGUGGGGCUGGCGAGAUGUUGUCGAACAAGUCGAUAGGAUUGAGUGGAGGUCAGAUGCAGAGACUAGCUGUGUCACGGACAUUCAUGCGCUCAGUCGUUUCGGACGAUUCAAAGGUCGGCCUGCUACUCUUUGAUGAGCCGAGUGCAUCAUUGGAUCCCACAGCGGAGCAUGAUCUCUUUGCACGUUUACGCGACCUGCGUGGAAACAAGACGAUGCUAUUUUCUUCUCAUCGAUUCGGGAACCUGACUCGACAUGCCGAUCUCAUAUUGUAUAUGAAUGACUCACGAAUCAUAGAGACGGGUACUCAUGACGAACUGUUGAAACGGCAGGGCGAGUAUGCGCGUAUCUGGAUGUUACAGGCACAGGCAUUCCUUUGAGCUAAUCACAUUUAUUGUACCAUAUAGUAUGCACUGAUGAUGUACGAUAGAUAUAUGUAUGUCAGGACGUUGAUCUUUGUGGAGAUUCAUACGAAGAUACAUCAAUUUCCUGGUGGGAUUUGACAGAGUCAGACGACCUUCGAGUCUCAACCAACGACGAUACAAAGCUUUGUGAUAUUAUUCUCACCGUUAGUGAUAACUAG